UGCUUUAACACGCGCACUGACGCAAUACAGAAAGAUGGCAGCCUGUGUCCUAAGACAGGGAUUGUUUUGCAGGGUUGGUAAAUACAGUAAAAAGCACACAUUAAAUGUGCAUUUUAACAGUAGACAUCAAGCAAACACAAGUCGGUGGCAGUGCUCAAGAUGUGCUGCUGUCAGUGCAGUACAGCAGAGACGCUUCAUGUCCUCCCGGAUGAGACCAGAGGGGAAAGUUCUGGAAACAGUAGGAGUAUUUGAGACGCAGAAACAGCAUGGCAGUUAUGAGACAGGACAGUUGUUCUUGCACAGUGUGUUUGGCUACAGAGGUGUAGUUCUCUUCCCCUGGCCCACGCGACUCUAUGACAGAGAUGUCAGCCCCGCUGCUCCUGAAACCAAAUCCGAACCUCCAGGAGCUCACGGGUCAAAGGAGGUGAAAGGCAAAACCCACACAUACUAUCAGGUCCUAAUAGACACCAGAGACUGUCCGCAUAUAUCUCAGAGAUCACAAACAGAAGCCGUCACGUUUCUGGCCAACCAUGAGGACAGCAGGGCUCUCUAUGCUAUUCCAGGUCUGGAUUAUGUAAGUCAUGAAGAUAUCUUACCAUAUAACUCCACAGAUCAGGUGCCCGUUCAGCACGAACUGUUUGAGAGAUUCCUCAUGCAUAACCCAUCUAAAGCGCCUCGGUUUGUGCCCAGAGACGCACUCCGUGCAUGGCAGGACACCAACCACCGAUGGCUGGAAUUGUCUGACGUUCACCGUGAGACCACAGAAAACAUUCGAGUCACGGUCAUCCCAUUUCACAUGGGCAUCCGGGAAGCACAGAAUUCCAAUGUUUACUGGUGGCGGUACUGUAUUCGUCUGGAGAAUCUUGGGAAUGAGGUGGUACAGCUGAGAGAAAGACACUGGAGGAUCUUCAGUCUGUCCGGUACGUUAGAGACGGUCAGAGGCAGAGGAGUCGUGGGACGGGAGCCAGUGUUAUCAAAAGAUCAGCCUGCGUUCCAGUAUAGCAGUCAUGUGUCUUUGCAGUCCCCCAGCGGACACAUGUGGGGCUCGUAUCGUCUCGAGAGACCCAACGGGACAUUCUUUGAUGUGCGGAUCCCUCCAUUUUCUCUUGAGAGCAAGAAGGACGAUACUCCCAACAGCUUUCUGCCGGGACCUUUCACCUCACUGCUUUAAGACAUCUGACCUGUACUGUCCUUAUAUAUCAGUUCAGUUUCUUUUUAUCUGAUACUCCCAUCACAAGUGUUGUAGAAGAGGUGCUGAUUUGAGUGAUGAUGAUGAGUUGGACACAUGGUCAGUAUACAUUUUAUUAUAUAGAUAUACUUAAGUAUAAUUUAUUAUAAAUAUUUAUUUAAUUUAAUAUUGAAGAUAUAUGGCUUGUUGAGGCCUUUUACUCAUUAACAGUAAAUCAGGUUGUGGUGUAAAACUCUGCACCCACGAAAUAUAAACACAGUUUUGUUUUUUACGUAGUUUUCCUAAAACAGAUCAGCAUUAGCACAAACGCCUGAUUUAUUGACGCAUUUUGCAUCUUUUCAAAUACAUGUAUGUGAUUCUCAGGAAACGCUGCCAUUUGCGCCCCAUUGACUUGCUGUUGUUAUAAAUGGCAGGAGUCACAGAACUUAAUCAUAAAACCUAAACUAUGUUGUGUUGUGUUGUGUAAUGUAAAAAAAAUGAAUGCAUUAUGUUAUGAUGAUGCUACAUGUUAUUUUCAUAUCAGACAACUUGCAUGUCCUAUACAUUUGAAAAUGAUAUAAAGAACAACAAUAUGCCAAUUUGCUUUAUAAUUAUAUAAUAAUUAAUAAUAAUAAUUUGAAGCUUUCACUCAAUUUGAUUUGAUGAUGAAAUGUGUGCGUGCGUGUGUUGGUGGUUUGUUCCACAUGUUAUAUUUGCUGUUAUACCUCUGAACCUGUGAGAUUUGAAGCAGUGCAAAAGUGACUUGAAGGGAAAAACUCAUCUUUAAAAUUCUAUUUAAAUAAAAAAGAAAG